AUCAAACUCGACCGACAGCGGCAAAGGGGAAGUAAAAUCAAAAGGAAAAGAAAUUACAAAGUGGAAGCCGUUGGAAAGCUAUGGAGGUCGAAGGCGAAGACGGUUCAAGGAUUGCACUACAGAAUGGCCCUAACCACAAGACCUUUUUUGGACGAGGCUUAGGUUUCCACACCGACGACAGAACGGUGUCUCGUCGUCACGUUCUGUUUGAAGUUAAAACCUCGGACGACAAAAGCCGGAGCCUAACGGGGGCUACGGUUUCGUUUGAGGUUGUUGGGAAGAACCCCAUUUGGGUGAAGAACAGUGGGUGUGGAGAGAUCAGGGUUUAUAGGAGCGGUGAGAAGGGUGAGGUGGCUGCCGGUGAUUGUUUCUGCUUGUCUGGUAAGAGGCCUGUUCGGUUCAGUGUCCAGGGAAGGGGAUUUGGAGCGGCAGAGAAGAGGGUUUUGGGUAGUGAGGAUGAGUUGGAUGCAAGUUUGACGAGUGGGUUUGAAUUUGGUGGGAUUGAUGUUUCAGAGAUUGACCCUGUUAAAGAGUUUGGUUUUCUUGUGAUGGGGCAUGAGUUUGAUCACUAUCCCAAGCAAAUGAUUCGGGAUAUAAAAAAUUGGGACUGGUUUCUUGAGGAACCUGGAAGAGAUAGCGAUGAUGAUGCAUAUCUUGAGAAGAAGGUAAAGAGGGGUGUGAUGAGAAAGAGAAGGAAAGCAGAAGGCAAUAAUGAUGAUAACUGGACUGGUGAGAGUGAUGAUGACGGUGAGCUUGUUGCAAAACUGAGAAAGGUUGAGAGACCUAAGUAUCCCACAAGAUCAAAAGAGUGUGAAAAAUCUCGCAAGGAUGCAAAAGCUAGCAGAGAUUCUGCUCAAAAGAAAGCUAUAGGUGAUGCAAAUGAUGAUGAUGAAACACUUGGACGCUUUAUUGUUGAUGAUGAUGAUGUGGAACAAGAAGAAGAAACUGAUGAAGAUGAAGAAGAGGGAGGAGAAGAAUUAAUUGAAGAUGACAAUGACAGUGACCAAGAAGUAGAUGAUUAAUGUCAAUAGAAGGACCAGGUACAUAAGUUUGGAAAUGAUACUCGGGAUGAAUAGUUGCUGUCAAUUUCAAGGGAUGAAUAGUUUUGUAUAUGUGGUUUGUUUUGCAUCAUGAUUAUCUUGUCUGGGAAAGAAUUUCAUUUUAUGUUGUAAAAGAUGGAAUCUUUCAAGUUAAGAUGUUGAAAGAGAGUUUUGAUGUUUUGGUUA